ACUUUUAAUCAAACUACAUUUUAACGCUGUGUCAACAUAUAAAGCAACUCCUCCUUCUUUUUUGUUAACUCUGUUAAUCGUCAACAAAUUAUAUCCAUCCAAUUCUACAUCUUGUGCUUUCUCAUUAUCAAGCCAAGUCUCUGACACAGCAAUCACAUCAAAUUUAUUAAACUUGCACAAAAAAUCCUUAAUUUGUACGAAGUUUUUAUAGAGACUUCUACUAUUAAAAUGUAUUAUUGAUAAUGCCCCUUCCAUUUCCACAUUUCUAUUAAAUUGUUCUUCAGUAUAGUACUCACAACAAUUAUUUUUUAUAUUAUUGAAAAAGUGGUUUUCUGGGUCUAUGUCAUUAUCAAUCUCAUACAUUUUGUAAUCUGUGUGAUUGUAAGUUUUAAAAUUUAAAUGUUCAUACUUACAGUGACUUUGUAAAUGACCAGACACACAGUCUUUAUGAAUAUUAACAAACUCCCCAUCGUCAAUAUCUCUAUAUGGAAACAAGAAAUCCUGAUCAAGGUCCAUCAUUUUAUAUUGUUGAUCCAUAUGAACAGUCCACAUAGUUCACCCUUGUAGCCACGAUUUACAAUUAUCAUUUUACUAGGAUAUUCCUCCAAGCAGUCCUCACUUAUCCGUACUGUUCCAAUUCUUUAAGUUCUCUUAUUAUGAGUACUUUGGCUUCUUCAGGUGUUCCAUUUAGCCGUAUCAUCACUUUGCAAUUCCUUGUCCAUGUAGCUUGUAUCUUGUUCUGUUUCCUGAGAGGAAAUAUUUCUCUAACAGUGUCUCAUAAUGAGGGUUUGACCAUAAUAAAUAUGAAAAUAUAUGAAAGAGAAAGAGAAGCUGACACACAGCUCUUGGAGUGAGUCAGAUUUUAAUCGCAACAAAAAAUGUUUUAUAUUUUCAUGCCUUCUUUGGAUAGAUUUGAUUUGAACAUUAAAAAAGGUAUAAGAUUUAAGAUGAUUAAAAUAUUUUUCACAGUUAGAUUAUGAUGCAUAAUGUAUUAAAUGUUUUUGAAACACCUAUGUGCUGAAAACACGACAUGCAAUUUAUGUAUUUGGAUCCUCAAAAAUGAUUAGAACUAAGCUGUAACUUUUAGUUCCAGUUUUAAGUUGCAAACGUUAAUACAAGAAAAUUAAAUUAAUACAAACAAUGCACUGAAAAUGUUCAUGGUUGUGGCCAGUUGGCUUGUUAAUUUUAAAUGACUAAAAUAAAAUAUUUUGGAUACAUUGCAAAAAAUUGGAAGCCUGACAUGAUCAAGUAUGUAUUAAGUAAAAAUGUUAUCUCAAGCUGUCUUUGCAGUAGUUGUGUACAUUCUUAUUUUUAUAUCUUGACAUUUUUAAGAUUACUGACAGCUGGUGGAAACACUAUAUGGUUCUCUUGUUCUAUAGAUUCUGCAAAUUAUAAUUAGUGUCAUCAAUAUUGCGGUGGAGAAUUUGUUUGCAUGGCUUAAGUUCUAGUCUGUAUACCUAUAUCAUGAUUAAUAAAUAAUAACUUGAUAAAAAUAUUCAGUAAUUUAUAGAAGCUACAUUUCAGAUUUGCCCUGAAACCCUUUAAAAAAUCUUUCUUUUGUAUGAUUUUCAACAUUGUGGAGUGAAGGUAAGUAGCCUAACAUUUAAUAUUAUUGCUUAAUAUUAUUACUAAACAUUAAUUGAAUCAUGAACAACAUUCCUGUUAUACUUGUUUACAGAUUUAAGGAAGUCACUGCCAGGAAAACUCAAAACUCCACCUUCAACAACAACAAAAAACCCAUUGUGCCAUCUUCACUCAUCUGGACUGAGACUCAUAGACGUGCCACACAAGUCUAGAAGGUUUGGCCAUUGUUACCUACUGCGUACCACAUCUGUUCAGCACUGCAGCAUGACUCUGACAGUGUCUCGGGGUGAAGGUUUGACGGUCAUCACAGUCACCUCAAACCCAAAGAGCAAAUGGCCCGUACUGUGUCAGAUUCUGGGUUUUCUCUGCUGUAGUCCAGUGUCUUCUUUAUCCCAUGAUAUGAAAGGGAAGCUGAAAGAUGUCCACACAGCUUUUGGAAUUUUGCAGAUGAUAACUGGUGUCCUCAAUAUUGCUGUGGGGAUUAUGUAUACAUGCCUUGGGUCAUGGUUUAUCCUUUAUAGAAUAGCCCUUGGACCCUUUUGGAUUGGUAGUGUGUUCCUUGUUGUUGGAAUCAUGUGUAUUCUCACAGCAAAUUUUCCCACUUCUUGUCUGCUGACAACUGGGAUCUUUCUGAAUUUAGUCAGUGCUGCAUUGGCUAUCACAGCUGGUGUACUGUAUUCAGUGGGCCUUUCAUAUGAUCAUACAUUUGAAAACUGUGAAAGCCACAGUUAUUAUUAUUCACGUUAUGAUGGCUAUGAUUAUGAUUAUGGUAAUAAAACGCCUUCCCCUGAAGAUAGUAGGAGAAAGGAGAUGUGUCUGUACUACAAGAGUCUCAUUGAGAUUUUCUUUAGAGGACUAGAUAUCAUGAUGAUAGUGCUGUCAGUCCUUCAGAUCUAUGUGACCAUCAGUUUCUGUGUUGUGACUGGGAAAGCUUUGCGCAAAGAGAAUGAAGAUGUAAAGUCGGUGGAGGAUCCAGAACUUCACAAGCCGCUCCUGGAAGACACCACUGCUGGUGCUGCAUGUUAGAGAGACAAGAGUAACACAAAAGCAUGUUGUCUUAAUACUGUUGUGAAAUAAUUUAAAGUAGAUCUCCUCCAUUUGUAAAACUGUAGAAAUUGAAAGACAUGUUUAAUUAGGGGCCAAGCACCAAAGGUGCAUUGUAUCCAUUAGUGCUCUUAUUAGAGGCCACGCACCGAAUAGGCACCUAUUGUAUCCGUUAAUGUUCUUCUUCUUCCUCGUUUUCAACUAAAAUCACAGCAAAUUUGGAGUCUCGAACUCAAAACCUGUAGCACCACCACUUUUCCAAAUUUGCACUCACGGUUGUGAUAACUUUUGAACUAAAUGGCUAGAAACAAUUUUUUUUCCUCCGAUUCCUUGGUGAAUGUACCAUAAAAAUUUGUCCACCAUUUAGAAUUUUUCGGAAAACCUAUUUUUUCAAACUCCUCCUAUAUCGUUUGUCCAAUUUUCAUGGAAAUUGAAUCAUAUCAUCUUCAGACCACAUCGAAUAAUGAAUGAACAAAUUUGUCAAAGAACUUGCCAAAGUGAACGUGAGGCUAUAUCUCGGCAAUGCUUUAGCAUAUUCAGAUCAAACUUGGUGUUUGUUAUGACAACCAUGAUCUGAAGUGACCUUUCAGCACAGCGCCACCUAGUGGUCAGGAGACCUAAAACAUGGCUAUUUUGGCUUUAAAAAAUUUAACAGUUUGACCAAAAAUCACAAUAUCACAAAGUUGAAAGAUAUCCGACUUUCCCACGUCGGCCAUUGUGAACAUUGUCAUAAAAUACUGUAUUUUAUGAAUGCAUUGGCAUAUCAUCAUGAAACUUGAUAAGUGUCAUCGGUACCAUGUCCUCAAGGUACUCAAAAACUUUUGAGGCUGUGCCACUUUGUGUUUAAAAAUUAUAACCAAAUUAAAAAGAUUCUAAUAGCUUUUGAUUAGUUUUGCCUUUUGCUGGCUUCUGUAGUGCUUAGCCCUGAAACUGAUGUUCGCAGCUAUAUUUACACUUAUAUCCAUUUACAAAAGUGGUGUUACCAUUGAUUUCUAUAUAGCCUAUUACAGACCCUGGGUGUUACCUUUUAUUAACCUAUUAAAUAUUGUUAUGGCUGCUUUUGUUUAAAAUAAAUGACUAGAACACUUUG